GGGGAAGGCAGCAUUCCAUGUGAGGAAAAAGAACGGAGUCGAAUCUGACCAUUUUCCCCACACAGGGUGGAACAGAAUACCAGACAGGAUUGCCAUAAAUAUACUAUGGCUAAACGCUUUGCUUGCACGGAAUGUGCCUAUAGAACAGCCUCAAAUGCUGAUCUAUUAAAACACACAAGAACACAUACUGGUGAAAAACCCUUUAAGUGUGACCAGUGUGACUAUGCUUCUACAUUGAAAGGCAAUUUGGACCGACAUAUGACUAAACACACCGGCGAAAAACGCUUUGUGUGCGAAACGUGUGGAUAUAGAACAUCUGACAAAUCUUCGUUAAUCGUUCACAUCAGGAGACAUACAGGCGAGAAACCCUACAUGUGUGACCUGUGCGAUUAUUCCGCUACACAGAAAGGCAGUUUAAAGCAGCAUAUGGCCAAACACACUGGACGAAAACCCUACAUGUGUGGGGAGUGCGGAUACAGGACUGCUCACAAAUUUCACCUAUCCAAACAUAUGAGAAGACACACAGGCGAGAAGCCUUACAAAUGUGACCAGUGCGACUAUUCCACUGCGGAGAAAAGCGAUUUAGACCGACACAUGGCCAAACACACCGGCAAGAAACCCUACAUCUGUGGAGAGUGCGGAUACAGGACGGCUGUCAGGUCUCACCUAACCGCACACAUGAGAAAACAUACGGGCGAGAAGCCCUAUAAAUGUGACCAGUGCGACUAUGCUUCAGCAACGAAGUGUAACUUAGACCAACACAUGGCUAGACACACCGGGGUAAAACCAUUCAUGUGUGGAGAGUGCGAAUAUAGGACGGCUGUGAAGCUUCGUUUAUCCCAACAUCUGAGAACACAUACAGGUGAAAAGCCCUUCAAGUGUGCCCAGUGCGAUUAUUCCGCUACACAGAAAGGCAGUUUAAAACAGCACAUGGCUAAACACACUGGAAGAAAACCCUACCUGUGUGGAGAGUGCGGAUACAGAUGUGCUCGCAGGUCUCACCUAUCUGAACAUAUGAGGACCCAUACAGGCGAGAAACCCUUCAACUGUGACCAAUGUGGCUAUUCUGCUACAAGGAAGAGCUAUUUAAUCAAACACUUGGUCAAACACACCACUUAGCUGUAAUCUCCAAGCAGAUCUUGCGGUGACAUAAGAUAGACUGUAAGUGCAUUUAAGUUCCUGGGGAUUUGAUUUCGUGGUAGCGGGAAAAAGGACUUUUCGCAGUGGAUUUAAGUUCGGGGUUGCACCAUGCACCAUCGUCUCAUACUGCCAUAGGAAAAUGUUUGCAGUAUUAAGUUUGCGUUAAAUCGGCCACCGUGAAAACCGCAAACAUUAAACCACUGUGAAAGUUUUUGCAUCAACAGUAUCAUAAGCUGGGGAACUUAGCAGGCAGAGGAGUUUUAACUUCUUCUUUUUUUUUUAAGCGGUGGAAUAAAAUUCCUCUGCCGGCAAAAUUCCUUCCCCAGAUUAUGAUACUAUCUUAUGCUACCACAAUAUCUGCUUAAAGAUUAACUUAGCUGUAUAUUUGACAGUGCACGGUUAUACCACGGUUAACAUGUCUUACCUAUCCAGAAACAUACAGGUGAAAGCCCUCCUUUAAAUGGUCAAACAGCUGAAAACCCCUGUGAGGUCACCGAGUUGGGACAUUCGUUCAGUGGCUUGCGGUGUGAAGACUAGCCGAUUGCUGCUAACACUUGUGUCUGGGACCCCAGCAGCAGUAUGAUUAAAUACUGGACACUACUACUUCUGCUACUGAGUACUACUACUACUUCAUGACUGCAAACUCUAAAACUGCAUUCCAUCUCAACGUUCCAUCUCAUUCUAAAUCAUAGUCUUAAAUGUGGGUUGUACCCCUUCAAAUCAUAGUCUGAAAUUUGUGUCGUGCUCUUUCCUUCCUGGUUUAGCCCACUCUGCUUUUUGAACACCCCUUUUAUAUUACAUACAAUAUCUAAUACAGGGCUCGAAAUACCACCUGCAUAUGCAUGUUAGUGCAGGUAAAAUUGGAGCUGUGCAGGUAUUUCUGAUGUCUACCUGCACCUAACCUGCACUGGUCCAUGUACUGUGUUUUAUACAUAAAUGUCCUAUGAUGUAGGUGUAUAUAGAUUCAAUUUGUUAUUAGCUGCAUUGACUAUUACCACCUAUACAAUAUAAUUAAAGAAUAAUUAGCAAUGGUUCCUGAACAAUUUUAGUAUGAUCCACACUUCCCAAAUUCAGAGUUGUGCAGGUAAAAUUUGUCUGGUGCAGGUGAUUUUCAAUGUUACCUGCACCAGUGCAGGUAUGCAGAAAAAAGUAUUUCGAGCCCUGUCUAAUACCAUAGGCCUGGAUAGUUGAUGCUGUAUACAUAGACAUUGUAUGCCUUAAUCUGAGGACAAUAUUUCCUCUAAAACUGUAUACUAGUAUUACAUUUGUAAUAUUGAAUUGCUACACUGAUAUUGCUAGCUGAAAAUCUAGGACUAUUGCUAGCUAAACGUUGAUAUAACACUGUUAUUGACUUCAUACUUAAUUUCUUUGUCACCAACUAUCAAAACAUUGUAUCUACUGUAUUUCAUGUAUAUGGGUCUUCAUAGCAUUGUGAUACUU